GCCUUGAAAUCGAAUGACAAAUAUGGCGCCCACCGCGGCUGUCUGCUAUUCCUUCGUGCUUGUACUCGCCCUAUCUUUCAUUUCCCUCGCGAAUUCCGCGAGCGGAUAUUAUGCAUCCGCGAAAGUCGAGAGUUGUAGCGGCUGUUCACUCAACCGGCUGCCCGAUGUCAAACACUUCAUCUUCGAAGAUCUGCCGCAAUACAAUAAUGUGGAAUUCAAGCACAUCCAGGGUGCAGUUCCAGAACUCGUAUUUUUCAACGAGCAUGAAGAAGAAGUGGAGAGGUUGGUGCUAUCCAGUUUGACUCGAGAAGAGUGCAAUGAUUUGCUAGUCUCCAAAGGUUUCACCAAAAAGAUCAAAGAUAACAAAGACGAAAUGUAAGAUCUCUAAAUACAGAGCAUAGUUUGUCGAAACUGGUCAAAAAUAA